AUGGCAUCUUUGGGUCGCAGCCGCAAGCCGUACGUUCCUAUUGACACGUGCAGCCCCGGUGGAACGUGGAUUGAGGAGAAACGGUAUAAUAGAGCUCGCCACGAUGAUGGUGCCCAUCACGCCCGUAAAGUUCUCUGCGGAAACUGGCAGGAGGAAAAGGCGCUCGAGGAUGAUCUCCUCACACAGCCGUCCCUGAUGCCCGGCACCGUGCAGGCGGACACCUUCACCACCACGGCGGUACUGCAGGCAAGUCUCGAUGUGAUACGCGAGGAUACCCGUGGUCGCUACACUGGAGGUUAUCAAUCAACUCCCUAUCUCACCGCAGAUGCACGUAAUCCACAUCUUCGACUUCUAGAGACAACACAACGUCAUGACUUCUGUGAGGAAAACGCUGACGUAAAACGUCUGAGGCGUCCUGAUAUGGGUGUACGUAGUCGUGUUCUUCUUGAAGUGGCAAUUGACGCAGCACGUACAGAGAAGGAACUCCAAGAUACACAGCUGCAGCAACAACAACUCCGUGCGAGUGUGUCAACAGAUGGUGAUAAUGUUUAUCUCAGUACAUACCACAAGUCGCAUUGCCGUGAGGAAGAACUUCCUGUUAUUGAUGAACUGCGUAAUGAUUACCUCUCAGAUGAGCCUAUUACACUAUACACAGGCAAUCCUGAGACAGGUUGCACCAUGACGGUACAUGGAAAGACGCCAGUGGAACCAGUUGAAGGACGCUCGCGGUUUGGCCGCCAUACGUACUUCACGGAACGCAAAUACGCUCUCUAG